UCCAUCCGACCGGAACAAAGGAGAGAUCUACCAUCUGCGUUUAAUUUGUAUUACGUGGCGAAAUACAAUUGGUUGAAUAGACGUGGAAUGUGUGGUGGUCCCCACACGCUUGUACGAAAUAAAGGGCCAUUGAAAACGCCUGAGCCGAUUAUUCACGAAGUCAAAACUCGGAACUCCGAUCGCGAUUCUCUCGACUUCGAAGCCUCGAAGAUGGUUCAAAAUGGAGCAGCUCCCCCAAGAGGAAGUGCAGCAGCUGCUGCCAGCCUUAGGAGGAGGAGGACAACAAGUGGUGCGACUGCUGGAGGUGCCAGUGGGAACAUGCUGCAGUUUUACACAGAUGAUGCCCCUGGGCUCAAGAUUUCUCCCAAUGUUGUACUUGUCAUGAGCAUUGGUUUUAUAGCCUUUGUUGCCAUUCUUCAUGUCAUGGGCAAGCUCUACUUUGUCCGGAAAGAGGCCUAAAAUGGUAUACUAAAUAGGAAAGCACAGUUGAAUGUGCUUUAUUUUGGAUCUUUAAUCAACAAUUGGUUUAGAUGAUGGAAGUAUAAACAUUGGUUUGUUUUA